AUGUCACCCAUGGGAGACAAUGUUGCUGUUUCUAACAUAAACCUCGAGAAGCUUCUCAGCAUGAAAGGUGGCAAAGGCGAAGGCAGCUAUGCCAAUAAUUCCCAAGCUCAGGCUUUACAUGCUCGUUCGAUGCUUCACCUUCUUGAAGAAGCCCUGGACGGUGUACGUAUAAGCUCCCCGGAGGCGCCUUUUGUGGUCGUCGACUUGGGGUGUUCCUGCGGCAGCAACACCAUCUACAUCGUCGAUGUGAUCAUCAAGCACAUGGUGAAGCGUUACGAGUCUUCGGGGUACGAGCCGCCGGAAUUCUCCGCGUUUUUCUCCGAUCUUCCUAGCAAUGAUUUCAACACCCUUUUCCAACUCCUACCCCCGUUGGAGAAUAACGGAGGUAGUAGCAUGGAAGAAUGCCUAGCAUCAAACGGACACCGAUCUUAUUUUGCUGCCGGUGUCCCUGGAUCGUUUUACCGACGCCUUUUUCCGGCUAGAUCCGUCGACUUCUUCCAUUCGGCGUUUUCGUUGCACUGGUUAUCACAGAUGCCUGAAGCUGUGCUGGACAGAAGAUCGGCGGCAUACAACAAAGGGAGGGUGUUCAUCCACGGCGCAAGCGAGAGCACAGCCGCCGCAUACAAGAGGCAGUUCCAAGCAGACCUGGCGGAGUUUCUCAGGGCAAGAUCCAUAGAGAUGAAGAAGGGUGGGUCCAUGUUCCUUGUCUGCUUGGGACGUACCCCGGUGGACCCCACCGACCAAGGUGGGGCCGGCCUCCUCUUUGGGACCCACUUUCAGGAUGCUUGGGAUGAUCUUGUCCAAGAGGGUCUUAUAAGUGCCGAAAAGCGUGACAAUUUCAACAUCCCGGUAUAUGCUCCAAGCCUACAGGACUUCAAGGAAGUGGUCGAGGCAGAUGGUUCAUUCACCAUAAACAAGCUUGAGGUAUUCAAAGGAGGCAGCCCUCUGGUCGUUAGCCGGCCCGAUGAUGCAUCGGAGGUAGGCCGAGCACUAGCCAACAGCUGCCGGAGCGUUUCCGGGGUACUCGUCGAUGCUCACAUCGGCGACAAUCUCAGUGAAGAGCUGUUUUUACGGGUUGCAAGCCGAGCCACAAGUCAUGCUAAAGACCUUCUAGAGCAGUUGCAGUUCUUUCACAUAGUGGCAUCACUUCUCUUGCUUAAAGCAAAAAGGUGGCUAAUGAAAACGAGGAGAAAAGAAUAUUUGAAAAGGCUUUUAUAUACAUAUAGAUAUAUAUUUUCCUCUUUUGUGUGUUAA